AAGUCGAACGAUGAAAAAAAAAAAACACAACUAGAAGGGGUGGAGCGAGGCGGAUUUCAAACAUUGGAAUAAAGCAAAUUGUAAUAGACCUAUUUGACGUCCGUGUUUCCCCUUUGGUGAUUCUCCUCGCAUCUUCCCCUUCAAUUCUAUCAUAAUCACGCAAUUUCCUUGUUUUGUAAAUAAAAAAUUGCUUAAUUUUCUUUAUAUUAAGAUAAUCUUCAGUAUUAUUGAAGCGUUGAUUUUCAGUUUGCAAGCUGGCUAUGGACUACGAACCCUAUGACAGCAGUGGAACAGAUGAUGAUCUUCCUCCAUCACAUCAAAAUAGGAUUCCAAGAGGGGGUGGCCGCAUGAAUGGAAAUGGGAGAUCUGCUGUCAUGGCUUCUCUACCCUACCAAAGGAUGUAUGGUGACACUGACAUGGAGGCCCAAAUUCACCAGCUUGAGCAAGAAGCAUACAGUUCGGUUCUAAGAGCCUUUAAAGCUCAAGCUGAUGCCAUUACUUGGGAGAAAGAAAGUUUGAUAACGGAGCUACGAAAAGAGUUAAGAUUGUCCAAUGAAGAACAUAGAGAACUUCUUGGUAGAGUUAAUGCUGAUGAUGUCAUCCGAAGAAUAAGGGAGUGGAGGCAAUCAGGGGCUCACCAACCUGGUAUGCUUGGCACUGGUCAAGCUAUUCACGACCCAUUACCCAGUCCUUCUGUCUCAGCUUCACGGAAGAAACAGAAGAUAGCUCCAUCUUUACCAUCACAGUCCUUUGCUGGACCAUCUCCUACGUUUCACCCACCUGCUCUGGCUUCUGCAAACCAGCCAUCUUCAUCUGCUGCCAAGAGAGGGCCUAUGAUGGGGCCUAAGGGCAAAAAAAGUAAAUCGGGCCAGAUGAUGCCUGGUGCAUCUUCAAUGAAAAUGCAGUACCCGUCCUCCGGUCCAUUUGGAAGAGGCCAACUCGAUAAUCGGGCUUCUGAACCUGCUAAAACAGCAUUAUUUGAUCCAUUGAUCGGAAGGAAAGUAAGGACUAGAUGGCCUGAUGACAACAAUUUUUAUGAGGCAGUCAUUACUGACUAUAACAAAGUUGAGGGUAGACAUGCUCUUGUUUAUGACAUGGGUACUACAAACGAGACGUGGGAAUGGGUCAACCUUUCAGAGAUUUCUCCAGAAGAUAUUCAGUGGGAGGGUGAAGAUCCAGGAAUUUUUCGUCAUGGAAAUUUUGGUGGAUCAGGCCGUGGGGUGAAUAGGCCUGUAGGGCGUGAUAGCGGUUCAGGUGCAGGGAGGGGAAGGGGGUUGGCUAAACCUCAGACCAGAAAAGGCUUUCCACCGUCACAGAAUGGAGGAAAGAAGGGAUCUGAUGAUAUCCAGUUACUUCACACGGAAACACUGAUUAAAGAGGUGGAGAGGGUCUUUGGCGCCAGUCAUCCAGAUCCUUUGGAGGUUGAGAAGGCAAAGAAAGUGCUAAAGGAGCAUGAGCAAGCACUUCUGGAGGCAAUCUCAAGGCUCGGAGAGAUCUCUGAUGGAGAGAGUGGAUAAGUUGCGUAAAAUAGAUACGCUGAGUGAUGAUGCCAAACAAGCAUAAGUUGAAGGACUUAAGACAAGAUCGUUGUUUAGGAAUAUCAGUAUACUUCAAAGAUUUGGGACAUUUAAUGCCAUUCCCUUUUUUUUUCUGAGAAAAGGUAACAUAGAUUUGUGUUGAAGCCAUAUCUACAAGUCAAAACAAAAGUGUCUCCUAGUCUAGAUUGUCAAGUGCUCAUGCUGUUGUCAUUUUGUUGCGACUAAAUGGAUUGCUUCUUGCUUAUGUUCUUGUGUCCUUUAUCCCUCAAUACCCCUGGCUUGUUGUACAGUUUCCCAUUUGAAUGAUGUGGGACAAGUUCCUUGCUGGCAGUAAUGGCAUAAUUUAUAUCAAAGUAUUCCUAUGCUUCUAAAUUGUGUUCUUGGAGUGAAUGAAAGUGAUAUACCCUGCAAGACUUGUACAUUUUCUACCCUGCACGACAUACUUGCACAUUUUAUUUUUCUAUGAUACUUUAUAUUUUCUUGUUGUUUCUUGCGACACUUUUUCUUUAGAAAAAUAAGCUACACUUUAAGUUGUUUUUAACCAUCAUAGGAAGUUUAGCUAAUCAUAUUCGUUGAUAGAAAGUUUAUCCAUCCCUUUGACAUGUAUGUCAUUGGGAAAUGAUAUCUAACGUCCUAUCAGUUUGAUUUGCUCCCCUAUAUAGAGAAGAUAAACGGAUACAUGUUUUAAAAACAAAUACGUAUCUGACUCUGAUAAAUUUAUAUUUCAUGUUGUGGUAGAAGUCACUAAGUUCAAGUUACCGCUGCUAUAAUGUUACAUAUUGACAUAGAAACACGUAUAUAUAUAUUUUUGAUAACCGUAGUGACCGGGCCAGCUUGUGCACCCUGCAACUAAUUCCACGAAGUACCUACUACCUACUACCUCCUACUAGCACAAAUACUGGGUAACUUUGUCCACUAAGGCUAAGGGUUGGAUGGAAGGGAUGAAAUCACCUAGUGUUUUUUGCCUCGUUUGGAAUUUGAACCUGAGACCUCAUGGUUCUCAACCCACUUCAUUGACACACGCCCUUGGGGGCUAGAGAUAUAUUGAUUCUAAUCAAAUAAAUGACAUGGCAAAGAACUUGUACACAAAAGUAUAAAAUCGAGAUACUACUGAUCAUUUAUGAUGUGACAAGAAUAAUAGAUAUGUGAAACAGUUAAAGUUAAAGCCCAAUGCAUUAGAUGAUAGUACUGUGGUUCUGUUGAAUAUAUCAUAACAGGAAGAAGCAUAACACCCACAGGCCAGGAAGUAAGCAAAAUGUUCUGGUAGACAGGAUUUAUUACGUAAAUGGGUUUUUGGAAUAUGAGAAGUGCAAAAUGAGUACAAGGAAGGGUAUCACUGUACCAUGUGGAAUGCAUGGAUGAGGAAUGGUCCACGUUCAAUUUUUUUGUUGUUCCUAGCUUUUCUUAGUGAAGCAUAUAAGCAUGCGAGUGUUGUGUUUCCACCAAGGUUACAUGGUAAAUAGUCUGCAACCACUACUAGAGUGGAUCCUGGGGUCCAUCUGGAGUUUGAGCAAUUCUUAUGUAACAAUAGAAGUGCUAAUUCUGAAUGCAACUGAUCUUGUCAUAAUAAGAAUACUACUAAUAAACAUUACAAGCAGUGCAUUGGGAAUAAAGAAGGAAGACUACUGUGUUUUGAUGUCAUAGCAUCUGCUUUUUAUUGACUUCAAGGCACUUGGAUUCACCUCCUAGUGGUCCCCAUACUUUUGUUCCCUAUUGAUCUUUGUUUUUGCUGCAGAUGAACAUUUCAUGCAAGCAAUGAACCGGGAAUGACGGGGAUACCAUGAUGGUACUGAGUGGUAUAUAGAA